CGGCCCCGGGGCGGUGCGGCACGGCGCUCGGCCCCGGCAGGGAGGGGCCGGACCGCCCCUACGCGAGCAGUCGCCGCCGUCGCGGCGGGAGAGGUGACAAGCUGCUGCGUGGAGUUGCCUUGGCCGAGGUGGGAGAAGUAGGUGUCUUCAUCUCCUGCCGUCUCUCCGCUCCGAGGUCAGUGACUUAAAAAGUGCCUUUGCCAAGUCACUUUUAUGAGUGAGGACUGCUACGCUUGUGUUCUCCAAAUCCCGUCUUUGCCAGCCAGACAUUGCCUUCACCUUACACCAGGUGGAAGAUACCUCAGCUGUCUCCAUUUGCCAAUUAGUUGAUGGGAAACUGAAUGCAGAAAAAGAGGAAGAAUAAUAAUUAUCAUUAUUCCUGGGACAUGAACAAAUGACUGCAUUGCUUUUCUUGUGUAAUCAAUACCAGCAAGCAACUGUCAGAGAACUACUAUUCUGUCAAGGAGUGCCACUUCAUCAAAGGACCUUGGCUUAAAACUGGUGCAUCCGUGAUAUAAUCUACAAGUUCACGUGUUUUCCAGACAGAGAUGUGACUGAGCAUGAUUUUUCCCAGCCAAAAGUCUACAAGUGGGACUUAAUGAUUGAUGAGUGACCGCUUGCUGAUAAACUUUCUCUGUUUAUUCUGCUUUGUGUGCACUGGACGUCAUUAAUCGUCUCCCACUAUUUUUUUUUAAACUUUAUUUUAAAUUUGAAGUGAUUUUUUUUUUUCCUGGGGGGUUUUGGGGUUGUCCUUUUUUGUUGUUGUUGUUUCUUUUCUUUUUCCCUCCUCUUCGGCACUAGUUUUGGAAAUACCUUCAACGUAAUUCACUUGACUGAAAUCUACGAAUUCUAAAUCAGCUUUUCACCAUGGCUCUGAAUGUUGCUCCCGUCAGAGAUACAAAAUGGCUAACGUUAGAAGUUUGCAGGCAGUUUCAGAGAGGAACUUGUUCACGCUCUGAUGAAGAAUGCAAAUUUGCACACCCCCCUAAAAGCUGCCAGGUUGAAAAUGGAAGGGUUAUUGCCUGCUUUGAUUCUUUAAAGGGUCGUUGUACAAGGGAGAACUGCAAGUACCUUCAUCCACCAACGCAUUUAAAGACUCAACUGGAAAUCAAUGGCAGGAACAACUUAAUCCAACAGAAAACUGCAGCAGCAAUGCUUGCCCAGCAAAUGCAGUUCAUGUUUCCAGGGACACCAAUACAACCAGUGCCCACAUUUCCAGUGGGUCCCACAAUAGGAUCGAACACGGCUAUUAGCUUUGCUCCUUACCUAACGCCAGUAACACCAGGAGUUGGCUUAGUCCCGACUGAGAUCCUACCCACGCCGCCUGUCAUUGUCCCUGGAAGUCCACCAGUUUCGGUCCCCAGUUCGACUACUACCCAGAAACUCCUCAGGACUGAUAAAUUGGAGGUGUGCAGGGAGUUCCAGAGGGGAAACUGUGCGCGUGGAGAGACUGAUUGCCGCUUUGCGCAUCCAGCAGACAGCACAAUGAUUGACACAAACGACAACACCGUAACCGUGUGUAUGGAUUACAUAAAAGGUCGUUGCAUGAGGGAGAAAUGCAAGUAUUUUCACCCUCCUGCACAUUUGCAGGCCAAAAUCAAAGCGGCGCAACACCAAGCCAACCAGGCUGCGGUGGCAGCCCAGGCAGCUGCGGCAGCUGCGACUGUGAUGACUCAGUCGACUGCCAAAGCAAUGAAGCGACCUCUCGAAGCAACUGUAGACCUGGCCUUUCCUCCUGGUGUUCUUCACCCUUUACCAAAGAGACAAGCACUUGAAAAAAGCAAUGGUGCCAGUGCCGUUUUCAAUCCCAGUGUCUUGCACUAUCAACAGGCUCUUGCCAAUGCUCAGUUGCAGCAACAUGCAGCCUUUAUCCCAACAGAUAAUCCUGAAAUAACCGGCAGGAGCGGAACCGAGUGUCACGAAGCCUCCCUGAGGACGGCCAAGCACGGCUACUGUACAUACUACCCCGUCUCCUCCUCUCUAGAGUUGCCACAAACUGCAUGCUAAGUCAAGAAUUUGUUCUUACGGACAAAUCACAAACUCGAAAAAGCUAGUGCUGCUAUGUCAUAUAUGAAUAUUAAAUAUGGUAUGCUUACUAUACUCCAACCUAAACUAGUUAACUACCUGAUACCAGCUGUGAUGUUUCAAGACAUAAAGGGUAACAUUUAGUUUUAAAAGAGUUUUCUAAGCAUAGUUUAAUUCUUGGAAAUACCGUCUUUUCUCCAUCACUGUACCUAAGGGAAACGGUCCAGUUAAGUCUCGUGAGAUUCAGUGUUCAUGAAUCUUUCAAGCUCAGCAAUAAUUAAGUUGUAUUGGCUAAAAAAAAAAACCCUAUCCCAGUUGCAGGUUUAAUUUUCACCCGAGUUAUGAUUGGAGUUUUUUCUUCUUGGUUUAAAAAAAAAAAAACCAACACGAAAAGUGAAUCUUGGUUUUGCUCCCUUAGGGAGUUGAUUCCAAGAGACAAUAGAAGCAGCCUAGUGUCCUGCACAUCACCCUGCCAAUCUGAAUACGUUUAGCCCCAAGUCCAAAGGGAAGCACAAAUUCUUUAGAUGCGCAUGGUUGGUGUUUGACCUGUACAGAGAAGUUGCAUUUGAAUCAUAGCAGAAUAGCAGAAGAAAAUGUUUAAAAUUUUGCACAGUGUGAACUUCAUACCCCUUGCCAUCCCCAAAAGAACAAAGUCUUGAGAAUAUUAUUUUACAAGUAUAUUUAUAAUGUUUUUAAAAGAGACUUUGCAGAAGUGCCUAAAUUUUGUCACAUCAGACUUGAUGAAAGCGAGCCUGAUGCCAACAGUGAAAUCUCACCAGAAGUGAAUAAUCUUUCAAACUCAUAAUCAGGUUACCAAAAAAGAUCCAAACUGUUAAGAAGUAACUUCUAGAAGUGUAAAUUGCAGCAAAAGAGGUUCUGCCUCAACACAAGGGGGAACUUCUUUACUGUAAGGGUCUCAGAGCAGUGGAACAGGCUCCCCAGAGAGGUUGUGGAGUCUCCUUCUCUGGAGACUUUCAAGGCCUGUCUGGAUGUGUUUGUCUGUGAUCUGUGCUAGAUAGUAUGGUCCUGCUCUGGCAGAGGGGUUGGACUGGAUGAUUUCCUUGGGUCCCUUCCAACCCCUAACAUCCUGUGAUCUGUGAUCCUGUGAAGUGUAAAAUCAAACGAGCAAACAAACAAACAAAAAAGACCAAACAAAGAGAAGAAAAGACAAAAAAGAAGGCUGUAGAGGACGAGAUUUAUAUGAUACUCUAAUUUAAUUAAAAUUGAGUCACUGAAACUUCAUAGGUGACUUUAAUUUAGGCUAUUAACUGAACAUUAAGAAUGUAGAACGAGAUUCAGUUUAGUAAAUCAUUACUGUAUUUGCAUAUUUUUUUUAAUUGGAUGAUAAGAUUGUAACCAGAUUAGAGUGGAGAAAAAAAAAAUUAGUUUGUUUUUCUUUCUUUAAAAACAUAUUUUAUGUCACAAAUGUAUGAAGAUAUCUUUAAUACAAUGCUAUACAUGUUAUAUAUAUACAUACAUACAUAUAUAUGGAUGAAGCAGAUUUUAAUGUUGUUUACCUUUUUUAAAACACUUUGUUGAUUUACAAGGUAAUUCUAUGUGUAUAAUUAAAAUUUUGGGUUGUUUGAAUUAUUAUUUUUUUUUCUUUGAGAUUUGUUUCAAGCACUAUUGUACCAAAUAUUUCAUACUUCACCUUUUCUAUGUUGCACAUCUAUCACCUGAACGACAUAAAUUAUUGUUUUAAAACACAAUACAACAACAACAACGACGACGACGAAAAAGAAAGAACAAUACAGCUGUUAUAAAUGGAUAUUAUGUAUAAUUGUUUGCAGCAUCAGUUUUCUAUGUGGACAUUAUUAGUGAUUGCAGUAUUUUAACUUAACCUCUUCAGAUUGAUUGUAAACUAUUCUAAACUUCGGCAGCGCUGCCUGUUCUGAACGACCGAAGGCACUAACCGUAUAUAAUUAUUGGUCUAGGAAACGUUUUUUCCAGGCUGUAUCUUGUUCGUCCGAUGUCUAAUUGCUCUCUAUUUAUAUAUAAAGCUGGAGAUUUGAUCAUCUGAGAGAAAAGGAAGAGAGAAAAAGAGAACUAAUCACAAUUUGAUUGUAAAAUGAACAUAGUGCUUGUAACGUCGCGUUAGUUUUAAUUUGUGGGAAAAUAACGUAUCUUAACUUGUUACUUUAGCAGUUAAGGUAUCACCAUUAUAUACUAUUAAAACACUAAUAUUUGUAGACUUUCUCAGUCAUUAUAACUAGGUAGUUGACACUGCAACUUGCCUAUAUCUGUCAAAGUUGUUUUUAUUUUUUUAUAAUAGUUAAUUUAGGCAUUUGGGUAGCUUAUUGUAUAAUACUGAAUGGUAAAUUAUCCAUGUUGGUUAAAUAUUUUAUGUAGAUAACUCUUCCAGGCAUUGUUACGUGUGUACUUUUUAUGUUUCCAAAUAACUGUUAUUCUAUGUUUUUUACAAUUAAUCCAAUACUACUAUUCUAUUUUUUUUUUUCUUUGCCCAUGGAUGAUGAAGCUUCAGAAACAUCAGGUCUUUCAUCCAGAUAAACUGACAGGUUAAAAUAAAAACGUUUAAAAAAAGGAAGAAAAAAAAAAAAGAGAAAAAAAAAAAAAAGGAAAAAAAAAAAAGGGAGAAAAAUGUAUUUUUAAUAAGAGAUCCACUUUCUGACUUUAUGACUUUGUAUUAUUCCUGGACAACCAUACAAGUUCCAAACCUACGCUUUAACAGUAAAAAAGGAGGCAAUUACAAGAGAUGUGCAAAUAUGUCUACAACAGAUUCUGCAUUUUAUUUAUUUAUAAAAGUAAUUUUAUAGACUAUUUCAAAAAAAAAAAAAUUUGGGAAGAUCUAAAACUAUUUUUCUGUAUAAAUAUUAUUUGCCAAAACUUUGUUUAUAUUUAAAAGGAAAAAACAAAAAAAGGUCUAACGGAAAAAGGAUUCAAUUUUAAAUGCUUUGUUUAAUUAAAGAAAAAGCCGACAAAAUAAACCCCCACACCCCCUCCCCACACCCCUGCUAAAAGAACCAUGAGAUGGGCCAACACAGAGACAGUGAAUACUGUAGCUGGGACAUGGUUUCAAGUGACACUUGAGAUGUCUCAGUGUUUAUUUUCUUCAGAGGAUACAGCACCUCACCAAAAUACCUUUCAGUUUGCCUCUCUCAUCCAGCAUAUAAUUGACGGCACGUCCAAUGAGUAUUUCUGUAACAGUUAAACCCCUCCAGUCACUCUUUUUCAGCAUAUAACUACUAGUGGUCUGUUAAAUAGCCAUUUGAUUUCUGUUGUGACGUUAAACUCAUUCACCCAAUGUACAACCACUGAAAUAAAAGGAAGCAUUUUAAAAGGA